UAAUUUAAAAAAGGAAUAUAAAAAAAAUUAUAAAAAUAAAGAGAAAUGUAUAUGAGAUAUAUAGAAAUAAAGACGCCGAAAAAAAGAUAUAUAAAUAGCCGUUUCCAUGUGAUAACUAUUAUUGCCCUCUCAACAAUCCAAAAAAGAGAUACAAAAGAAGUAUAACAGGGAAGCUCACAAGAGUCACUAAUCAUAAGCUUCAUUGAUCAUCAAAUGCAAAAGAAGUUCACGCAAUGUCUCUUCUCUGUGAUCUUCAAAUCAAUCUUAGUCACGAAUUCACUUUCUUCGUCAAUCAGGAUUUGAUCUCAGAAUACUCAGGGUUCUUGAAGAAGAUGAUCAAACAGAGCAACAAGAAGAAGAAGAAUCACAAGAACGGUAGAAUCACUAUCCAUAUCGAAGAUUUUCCAGGUGGACAAGAUGGGUUCGAUUUGGUUUCAAGAUUCUGUUACAGUAAUGGAGGAGGAAUCUCGAUCGAUGUCUCAAAUGUCUCCCUCUUGUAUUGCUCUUCUCUGUUCCUUGAGAUGACAGAGAAACUCUGUUCCUCGAAUCUCCUGCUACAAACAGAGAAGUUCUUAGAAGGAAUGUUCUACUGGUCAUGGAACGACAUCGUUUCGUGCCUAAAGAGCUGCGAACAAGUGUUCCUACACGCAGAUUCGUAUGGUCUUGUCGAUAAGCUUGUUUUCGGUGUUUCAGCCAAAAUCGCUCAGAAUUCGGACAUGAGUCAAGUCUUUGCCUCAUCAUCGACGUCUUCCUCUGCUUCCGCCUCUUCUAUGUCGCCUGAGACGGCAAAGAAUAGGUCAGAUUCAGACAAGCGAUCUACUUCGAGAUCGUUUUCUUGCAGAACAAGCAACGAGUGGUGGUUCGAGGAUAUGUCAAUCUUCGGGCCCAAGAUCAUCGGAAAGCUGAUUAAGAACCUCGGAGCUUAUGAUAAGAACAAUGACAGUUUAGUCCUAACGAGAUUUCUCCUCCACUACCUCAAAACAAAGCUCCAUAGCAAUUCAAACAACAAGCUCGAGUAUGCAGGUUUAGCUGAUACAGCGGUUCAAGGAGUGGUUUUGGCUGCGAAAACCGCGUUUUCCUGCAGGAAAAUCUUCUGGGUUCUUCGGGUUUUAUCGGGGUUUAGCAUCAGCAAAGAAUCAAGAAUUGGUUUGGAGAGAGUUAUUGGAGAAAUGCUGGAUCAAGCAACACUUGAUGAUCUUCUGAUACCCGCAGGAGGAAAAAAAGAAAAAGGGUUUUAUGAGGUGGAUUUGGUGAUAAGACUACUCAAAGUGUUUGUGAAAUAUUGCAACACAGAAGAAGAACAGAAUCUGAAAAUGCGAAGAAUAGGGAAGUUGAUUGAUAAGUAUUUGAGAGAGAUAUCUCCAGACCAGAAUCUCAAAGUGUCAAAGUUUCUUGAAGUUGCUGAGAGUUUGCCAGAUUCAGCUAGAGAUUGGUUUGAUGGAUUAUUCAGAGCCAUUGAUAUCUAUCUUGAGUCUCAUCCAAAUCUAGCAUCCGAAGAUAGAACAAAGCUUUGUCGAUGUCUAAACUACAAGAAACUAACACUGGAGACAUGCAAACAACUUGCAAAAAAUCCCAAGAUCCCUCCAAAUAUUGCAGUUCAAGCACUCAAGUCACAACAAUUAUCAAAUGAAACUCUACCCCACUCAAGAGAGGACAAGACAAAACUAAACAAGAUCAGGAAUUCGCGCAAGUACUUGGAAGAGAAACCAAUAUUGGUGCGUCUGAAAGGGUUUGAGUUGUCUGAGAAAUUGGUUGAUGGCUUCGAAGAUGAUGUAAGGAUGAAUUUAGAGAGGAAGCAUUGGAACAAAGUGAUGGAUCAUUCUGAAAAAAAUUCUAAGGAAAAAAAGAGUGAAGUAGUGUCAAGAUUGGUGAGACAUAGACAUACUCAUUCAAGCUCUAAUUUUCCAAGGCUUUGUUAAUCAAUUACUUCACUAUAUACGUUUCCUCCUUUCUCUAUAUAAUCAUCAUACACCUGCGUUUAUAGAACAUAAAUUUCAUGCAAAAGAGAUUGUAGUUUUGAAAAUGCACAUGAUUAUGUCACUUUGGAUGGAAAUAAGAAAAUGAUAUGUUGUAAAAGUAAAUGUUUUAAG